AUGUUCUGCUAUGAACAUCAAAUCGCUCUUUCACACUCUUCUGAUUACUUUUUGCAAGGUAAUGGGUUGGCAGAAUCAAGCAACAAGAACCUGGUAGCCAUCAUGAAGAAAUUAGUUGACGAUAAUGCUCGGAACUUGCAUAAAAAGGUAUAUGAAGCCUUAUGGGCAGAUAGAAUUACCCCCAAAAGAGCCAUUGGAAUGGCACCAUUUGAGAAGGUGUAUGGGAUUGGUGCAAAAGUUUCUUUACCCUUGGAAUUAUCGGCAGCCAAGCUUCAAACUGUAAUUGAGGAUUCCUUUUUCCAAAAUGCUCUGGAGAAGAGAGUUAUGUAUUUGAUGAGGCUGGAAGAGGAAAGAGAGAUGUUAGUGGAUAGGAUUACUGAGCAUUAG